AUGACUCCUCAAACUAACCAAGACAAUUCUCCAUCUAGUGCACCCAAUCGAGUGACUGAAGCUCAGACUGAUGCCAAACUUGAUGAACUGACAAAGAAUGUAAAGGAGCUGACAAAGAAUAUAAAUGAGCUUAAAACUGAAAUGAAGCUCAUCAAAGAGGAUCAACGUCUUAUGUUCAACCAAAUAAUCACAUUAUUAGGGGAAAUAAAGGAACAAAAGAUUGUUGAUUUAGUGGAGAAGGAGUGGCUUGAUGAGUUGAAGAAAAAGGAAGAUGAUGAUGAGUUGGAGUUGAAGAUGCUUGAUGAGUUGAAGAAAAAGGAAGACGAUGAUGAGUUGGAGUUGAAGAGGCUUGAUGAGUUGAAGAAGAAGCAAGAUGAUGAGUUGGAGAAGAGUAGGCUUGAUGAGUUGAAGAAUAAGCAAGAUGAUGAUGAGUUGAAAAAGAAGCAAGAUGAUGAUGAGUUGGAGAAGAAUAGGCUUGAGGAGUUAAAGAAGAAGCAAGAUAAUAAGCAAGAUGUUGAGGAGUUGAAGAAGAAGCAAGAUGAUAAUGAGUUGGAGAAGAAUGAAGAUGACGAUGAGUUGGAGUUGACGUAG